AUGACUCUAAGUGCUGCGGGCUAUGUAUCUAUUGCGGAGCUCAUAGUAUACAUACCGGCUCUUAUCGCGGCCCUCGUGGUCACUUCACGCCAUGGGCUACACCGGGCAUCAGGCUGGAUAUAUACCAUUAUCCUGUGUGGUGUCCGCAUCGGUGGUUCGGUAUGCCAGCUCUUGACAUAUCAUGAUAGCUCGACGGGACUCUUGAAAGCUGUCAUUAUCAUGGAUUCUAUUGGCAUAUCGCCACUUCUACUUGCGACACUAGGAGUUCUCUCCCGGUUCGUUGAUUGGAUUAAUUCUCGCGGUACUCAAGUAUUCGGCAUGAAACAGUUUCGCCUAGUCCAACUUCUCAUCACUCUUGGCUUAAUUCUUAGCAUCGCCGGCGGCACUUCUGGGUCAUCGAGUAAUGGUAAAGUUACAGUCUCUACCACUGCCAAAGUUGGUGUUAUACUGUAUAUUAUUGCCUUUGCCGGAAUUACCUUUAUACUGGUAAUUUCAUCUGGUUAUAGGACCGCUGUACCUAUCCAGGAACGCCGCAGCCCUGUCUCAAUAGCUAUUGCCUGGCCGCUUAUUUUCGUGCGCCUUACGUAUUCAGUUCUAGCUAUUUUCCUACACAACAAUACCUUUUCAGUUGUAGGUGGAAAUGUUGGGGUACGUGUUGGAUUAGCUGUGGUGGAGGAAUGGUUGGUUGUCAUUGACUACCUGAUCUUGGGAUUUAAUCUUCAAAAGCUGGAGCCCGAACAGCAAGGAGAACUUGCCAAUCGACAGUGGAAAGACCGAAGACAACGGCGCCGCUGA